CAAAGAAUGAAACAAAAACAUAGGUAAAAGAAAAAAAAAUUGUAUCGUGCAUGUCAGUAAAUGUAUUUUGUGGAAUUUCCUAUUUUUUACAAAUAAAUUGAUUUGUGUUUUGUAUAAAAAUGUACCCCGUUGGCCAACCACCACCGGGGGAGGCGAGUAGCGGCACUGUGAGCGCUGCCGCAGUCAGUUCGGCGGCGAGUACUACAGGCACCGCGCCUGGAGCGCCUAGUACCGCCCCGACGACUGGAGCACCUGCCCCUGGCGUGGCCAGUGGUACUGGGGCGAUGGCGCUGGUAUCUCCGACUGUAGCGCCCCCACCUGACUUACCUGUACUGACAUGCCCGCGAAGACCAAAUCUUGGCCAUGAAGGAAGACCAAUUAUGUUGAGAGCUAAUCAUUUUCAAAUUACAAUGCCCAGGGGAUUUGUUCAUCACUAUGAUGUGAAUAUACAACCAGAUAAAUGUCCUAGAAAGGUUAAUAGAGAAAUUGUAGAAACCAUGGUUCAUUGUUAUAACAAAAUAUUUGGUGCCCUCAAACCUGUUUUUGAUGGAAGGAACAAUUUAUACACUAGAGAUCCAUUACCCAUUGGCAAUGACCGAGUUGAAUUAGAAGUAAUAUUACCAGGAGAAGGCAAGGACAGAGUGUUCCGUGUCACUAUCAAAUGGGUUGCCCAGGUGUCACUGUUUGCAUUAGAGGAGGCUUUGGAAGGGCGUACCAGGCAAAUUCCUAAUGAUGCAAUAUUGGCUCUAGAUGUGGUCAUGAGACAUUUGCCCUCCAUGAUGUACACACCAGUUGGUCGUUCUUUCUUCUCGUCGCCCGAUGGGUAUUACCAUCCAUUGGGUGGUGGCCGGGAGGUCUGGUUUGGUUUCCAUCAGUCAGUCAGACCUAGUCAAUGGAAAAUGAUGCUAAAUAUAGAUGUUUCUGCUACUGCAUUUUACAAAGCACAGCCCGUUAUAGAGUUUAUGUGUGAAGUAUUAGAUAUAAGGGACAUAAAUGACCAAAGAAAACCAUUGACAGACUCACAAAGAGUUAAAUUCACAAAAGAAAUCAAAGGUCUCAAGAUAGAAAUUACACACUGUGGCACUAUGAAGAGAAAAUACAGAGUUUGUAAUGUGACACGCAGACCUGCACAAAUGCAAUCAUUUCCUCUUCAACUCGAAAACGGACAAACAGUUGAAUGCACUGUAUCAAAAUAUUUCUUUGACAAAUAUAAAAUGAAGUUAAGAUAUCCACACUUACCAUGCUUGCAAGUGGGCCAGGAACAUAAGCACACAUAUUUGCCUUUGGAAGUGUGUAAUAUUGUACCCGGACAAAGAUGUAUCAAAAAAUUAACUGACAUGCAAACAUCCACAAUGAUCAAAGCUACAGCGCGAUCAGCUCCUGACAGAGAGCGAGAAAUCAACAACUUGGUGCGACGCGCGAAUUUCAACACAGACUUGUACGUGAAGGAGUUCGGGCUGACGAUAUCCAACAACAUGAUGGAGGUGCGCGGGCGCGUGCUGCCUCCGCCCAAGUUGCAGUAUGGCGGCCGCGUGUCUUCGCUCGGUGGACAGCAGCAAGCGUUGCCGAACCAAGGCGUGUGGGACAUGCGCGGCAAGCAGUUCUUCAUGGGAGUGGAGAUCCGCGUGUGGGCCAUCGCCUGCUUCGCGCCGCAGCGGACCGUGCGGGAAGACGCUCUCAAGAACUUCACGCAGCAACUGCAGAAGAUAUCGAACGACGCGGGCAUGCCGAUAAUAGGCCAGCCGUGCUUCUGCAAGUACGCGACGGGCCCCGACCAGGUGGAGCCCAUGUUCAAGUACCUCAAGUCCACCUUCGUGCAGCUGCAGCUGGUGGUCGUCGUGUUGCCUGGAAAGACGCCCGUCUAUGCGGAGGUAAAGCGAGUGGGCGACACUGUACUGGGAAUGGCAACGCAAUGUGUUCAAGGGAAAAACGUCAACAAGACAUCGCCGCAGACGCUCAGCAAUUUAUGUCUCAAAAUCAACGUUAAGCUCGGCGGCAUCAACUCUAUUUUAGUCCCUUCAUUACGUCCAAAGGUGUUCAACGAGCCGGUGAUAUUCCUGGGCGUAGAUGUAACGCACCCGCCCGCGGGCGACAAUAAGAAACCUUCCAUCGCAGCUGUAGUGGGCUCCAUGGACGCGCACCCCUCUAGAUACGCCGCCACCGUGCGCGUGCAGCAACACAGACAAGAAAUCGUCCAUGAAAUGAGCAGUAUGGUCCAAGAGCUAUUACUCAUGUUCUACAAGAGCACGGGCGGGUUCAAGCCGCACCGCAUCAUCAUGUACCGCGACGGCAUCUCCGAGGGGCAGUUCAUACAUGUCCUGCAACACGAACUGACCGCUGUUAGGGAAGCGUGUAUAAAGCUGGAAGCGGAAUACAAGCCGGGCAUCACGUUCAUAGUGGUGCAGAAGCGGCACCACACGCGGCUGUUCUGCGCGGACAAGAAGGAGCAGUCGGGGAAGUCCGGGAACAUUCCCGCGGGAACCACCGUGGACCUCGGCAUCACGCACCCCACGGAGUUCGACUUCUACCUCUGCAGCCAUCAGGGCAUACAGGGCACGUCCCGGCCGUCGCACUACCACGUGCUGUGGGACGACAACCACUUCGGGUCAGACGAGCUGCAGUGCCUGACGUACCAGCUGUGCCACACGUACGUGCGCUGCACGCGCUCCGUCUCCAUCCCCGCGCCCGCCUACUACGCGCAUCUCGUCGCCUUCCGCGCGAGGUACCAUCUCGUCGAGAAGGAGCACGACUCCGGCGAGGGCUCGCACCAGUCCGCGUGCUCGGAGGACCGCACACCGGGCGCUAUGGCGCGCGCCAUCACCGUGCACGCGGUCACCAAGAAGGUCAUGUACUUCGCUUAGAUACCAACACGCCAACACUCCAACAGGCCAACAUGCCAACACGCCAACACACCAACAGGCCAACACGCCGUCUAUAUCUUCCCAGCUCGCGUGGCCUAGUUCCAAUCGAGAAUGUUUAAAUCCACACCGACGACCACGAUGACUAAAGGUCGUUGAAACGGUCAACAUUAAAUAAAAAAGGUUUGCUAAGUUCGCGCUUGAACACAUAACUACUUAUGUAAUAAUGUAAGCCGUGGCCGUGGCACAACACUUGUCCGGGUUAAUCUAAUUCAGAUAUCGUUGGAGAGCGUCGACAGUCGACACGCAAAGAAGAAAAAUGUGUAUUUAUUUGUUGAAAACACGAAAGUUUAAAAAACACCCAUGUUUAAAAUCUAAAUUUGUGAAGCCUUUUAAAUCACAUUUCACACUCGAAAUUAUCGACCGAAACAACGGACGCGUAAAUGCUUAUCGUUUAAAUAAGCUUUAUUAUUAUUAGUUUUUACUUUACACUUCAGUUUUAGACAAUAACGUACUAAAUUAUCUUAGGCACAAGAAAUGAACUUCCAUUUAUAUGUGUUAAUAGUUAAUAGUCACAUCAAAAUUUCAAUGUAUCAUUGUUACGAUAUACACGAGUAAAUAUUCAGGACUUUAAUAAAUAAUAUUAAUUAAUUCAGAACGAGAUCUGAUGUCGUACUAUACUAUAGUACUAUAGCGUAAUCCGACUUGCCUUAACACGAAAAUUUGUUGGCCGAUCUUAGCAAUAAUGUUCUUAGUAUCAUAUAUAUUGAUUUCAUAAGCUGAUAAUAAAUACAAAAUGCAGAUUUAAUUACUACAAUAAAUGUAAUAAAAUAUAGACGGUUACUGGCCAUUAAAAAUAAAACUUUUUUGAAAGUUAACAAUAGUUGCAUAUUUACAUAUUUUUGCAUUGGAUAUGUAAAUUAGGAUUUUUGAAAAUUUAGUGGGAUUUAUAUUUAAGAUUAUAUUAGUAGUAAGUUUGUAACAAGGAACCGGCAAUUUUUUUGUAAAUUUAUAUUGCCUACUUAAUAUCUAUGACACAUUAUUUAUUGAUAUGCAUUUUAGUCUACGUCAUUACGCCUUCGUCAUUGUCGCUAGAACUGACCACUAGUGCUACAGGCACUGCUAGUUAAAUAGUGUUGAAUAUAAUGUCGAAACAGAAGUAAGUAAAGCCUAUUUGUUAUAAGACGAAAGAAAGUAACUGUUAAUGACUUGUACGUGCAGUGAAUAAAGUUUAUUGAUUAAGCAUUAAAACGAUUAUUGAAGCUUUUUAAAGUAUUGGCAGUAGUAAAAAAGCUAUAAAUAAAUAGUUAUUUCUAUUAAUUUCACUAUUUCGUUUAUGUCUGCAAUUUUUUAAAGUUCGUCCCGAUAAAUGUUUCGAUUGUUAUCAUUUUAUUUAUAUGCAUAUCAGUAGCUUAUCAGUAUAGUCUGUCCAUAAAAAGGUAGAAAAAGGAUUUUUAAUGAACGAUUUUUGCCGUUACGAUACCAAAUAGAAAGGUUAAGAUUGGUUGAUAAAUACCUAGUGUUGGGACAUAGCGCCGUCAUUUAUUUCUAUUUUUAUAGACAGACUGCAGGUAUCAAUCGAUGGAUCAAAAUCAAUUUAAGCAGAAACAUCUAAACGUUGAUAUGAAUGAGACUGUUUUAUUUCACAUGUUUUUGAAUAAUCGGUUGUUAGUCAUUCUGCUGUCAAUAUGAAUUUGUGCAAUGUACCCUCUUAUUCGUAAAAUAGAUAAAGCUUACUUUAAGCUAUUGUAUCUUUUGUCAUUAUCGCACUUUACAACAUUUGACAUUGACGAACAAAAAUCAUAUUUUUUAUGAUUAAGAGGGGAAGUAAUAACACAUGAUUAAUAUUUUAAUAGCACUUAGUUAUAGAAUAUAAUUAAAUUACUGUAUUUUUCAAGUAUAUCUGUUUGUCCCUGUAAUGUGGCAUGAUCCGCAUUCGUUUUUGGACCAACUGAAAGAUUGCUUAUUUUCAGUGAUUAAUUCCUAAGGUAAGCAAAGAGUCAUAUAUAGAUACAUAUUACCACGCCUGUUUCCUAUGAGGGCAGGCAGAGACUAGGGAUUUCCACCUAAGAGAAUUGGAUAUACUAUUAAUAUAAUAAUUUGACAAGCAAUCAACUUUAAAAUAUUUCUAAUUUUGCUCGCCGGGUCAAUUUUCCUUGUCAAUAUGUAAGUAUAAGAGGCUAUAGGCGACGCCUGCCAAAACCCUGCUAGAGAACACCUAAACUGGGAAUCCGUUGGUGAAAAUGAACGUUGGUCAUAAUAAAGACGCCACGGUAUAGCAAAAAAUCAUGACUGUUUUUUUAGCAUUCAUCAUUUCUGUCUUAUUAUUAUACCGUAAAACAUGCAUAGUCAGACACUUUCUCACAAGAAAGUCAAAAUGUAAAGAUUACUUACCUUUGAUCUAGAGUAAUGUAGAAUAUAUUCUAUGGUCAUGAAAUUUGACAGGUUAAAAUAUUUUAUAGGAAUUUAAUAAUAAAAUAAUAUAAGCAAAAAGUAAAAAAAAAAUGUAUUUUGAGAUUCUUUGCUAAACCCUAAAUAGUCACCUGAUAAGCAUUGUUAAAUGAAAACGCAUGAAUUUAAUGCAAUCAGUGAGAAUAAGAAAAUUUCAAUGAACUUUACAAAGACGUAACACAAAGUAUGUAAUGAUGGCAAAUAUUUUGUAUGGUACAAGGAUUGAAUUUAUGAAAGCGGCUUUAUUAAAUUUAUAGGCCAACAGUCGUGGCAGAAUGGGGGGUGACAGGGCCUUUGCCCAGUACAAGGAAAAAUAUAUAAGGCCGAUGUGUUAUGAAGUUUCAAAAUUCUGUAAACACACAUGAAAACUUGUCAAUAUCGCACUUUGCUCGUAAUGCCCAUUCGCUACCUCAAAGAUUUCGAUUUCAAGCUAAAGUAAUGAUUGAGGUGAAAGUGUUCGUAUUGUCUACUUUCAAUCUGCAUUUGAUCAGUAGUUACCUCCUAUGGGGAAUGAUGGGAUAUUGCCAUGAUGAGAUCGUGACCUACAUACAUAUAUAUUCUUUCCAAUCAUUUUUUCCUGUUGAAAGUUUCGAGACAAAAAUUUCGGCUCAUAAAUAUGAGCCGAAAUAACACAUAAAUAAUUCUGCCCUACUGAUUUGUAAAAAAUGUUAGCUUAGGAAAUAUGAUUCACACCGAAUAUAUUUUUUUAUAAAAACUACUGAAUGGAUUUUAUUUUUACUUUUUAUUAAUUGUUUGAUAACAUAAUUGAAGAAUAACUUAAUUUGUCAUUUUCAAGUUAUAAGACCUACGUGCUCGGUCUGAUGGGGCUUUUCGAUUCGAACAAAUGUUUUUGCACGAUAUACACAAAGAUAAUAAAUACUUAUGUAAAUUAUAUAGUGGGUUGCUAAAACUCAACGUUCUAUGCAAUAUUAUUGUAGGAACUUAUGCAAUAGUAGGAAAGAUUCUGCUGGAUUAUAUAUUUUGUACUUCUAACAAAGCCUUGUACCGAUCAAUAUUAGAUUUUAUAAAGUCUUCACUGAUCAUGAUAAAAAUCAUUAUAAUUAUUAGUAAUUAGUAAGUACAUAUUUUAAAGGCCAAGUUAAUUAGUUCAUGAUGAAAGCGAUUACGACACGGUCAAGAAUGAAAUUUUGAGUUUCGAAGUAAUACGCUUUUAUUUUUUUGUUGUUGGAGAUUGGGAAAUUAUAUUUUCGGUACCAUUUAUUUUGCAACUCUAGCAGUUUUAGAAACUUUUGACUUUUAUCAAUGAUAUUUUCGUUUCUGAAUGUCUAAAAACAAAAAAAAAUAAGCGUAAAUAAGCUAAGAAAAUAAAUAUACAAGGGAAAAAUAACUUUAUAUUUGACCCUGUCGCAAUCACCUUAUAUUUGUCUUACUGACCGCUCGGUUAGACCUGAAUCGAUUUAUAUUUGAUAAUAACACAUAGGUGAUCUAGGUGAGAAUGUAUUAUUUGUAUUUAACCUACCUGUUCUAUUUUGACGGUCUUAGGAAAGUCGUUCAAUGGUGUACAAGCUCGAUUCUAAAAUCUUCUUAGUCAAUUUGUAAUCUGAUCUCAUACCUUCUCUACAUAAAUUUAGCACCCGUACACUAACUAGUAAAUGAUUUACUUAAUGAUAUCUGCAAUGCAAUGAGCCUAACGUUAAUUUCCUUGGAUCACCUAUGCUGUCAUCGAACUUUGAUCAUUCAUAACUACAAUAUGAUCAUUGUUUGAUGUUUAGAAAUAAGUAUAUCUUGUUAGUUGUUAUUUGUAUGCUUUAUGUAAUAAGUAGUAUAGUAUUUUCCGUCUAAUAAAUUUUACCAAAAUAAUACUGAUUACAUAUAUGUAUAUUUUAUUUUUCUUGGUUGUUUCAGUAUAUAAAUUUCAUUCGAUAACUUUCUAACUUGCAAUUAUUUUUAUUAUAACAUCUGAAGAAUUUUAGUUUUAUAAUUUUUAAGUGCAUUCUUUAACAUUUCUAGUUUGAUAAAUAAACUAAGAAAUCAGCCACACCAAACUGCAGGUAUUACUAUAAUGUUAAAAAUAUUACAUGUGCUUGCUACAGAUUUUUAUUAGGCUAUAUUUGUAUGAAGUGAUUGCCAUGCACUCACUUGCCGCAAUAAGACAUAUAGAAUCAAACAUGAAUCACGUAAAAUAUGUAUGAAAAAGUUCACUCAUGUUCACUCAAGUGAUUCACUCACGGCUAUGGUAUUUUGAAGAUAUCUAGCCUUACAAUGAAAUCUGUUUUAUUCGACAUGUUUUGUUUAUGGUUUGUAUUCAAUAAAGCACACGACCUUAGGAUUUUAUUUAGAUCUUUUCACUAGUAACUAAUUUGGUGUAAUAAUUUAUCUACUAACAGUCUUUAUAAUUUAAUUUAUCUUAUAUACUAUCCAAUGAAUUCGGUUACUUUUGAAUGGAAUGAAAAUAUAAACUUAAGUAAUAAAAAAUGUAUCAGUUGUCGGUAGUCCCAUGGCAAUCCAUGGUACUAUUGACAAUAGAUUUAAUUUUUUUAAACACUUUGGCUGCGGGAACGACUGUGGAGUCCGAAUGAAUUGCAUGCGUGCCACAUGCGGGACCUUUAGUUUGAACCUUUGUGACCUGAUUUUAGUACCGUAGUCAUUGUGUUCUAAGUUUACAUAAGACAACAUGUGACGGCUACUUAUAAAAUAUCAUUGUGUUCUAGCUUUUAUAAAUGGAUCGUACUAGUGCAUAGCUUUUAGCAUUAGUUGUGGGUAUGUAGUAUGUGAAUAUGUUUUAAUUAUUGCACUUCUCGCUUUAAUAAUUUAGUAAUCGCAGUUAGGGCUCUGGUAUUGAUAAAAUAGAUCGUAUAAUGGAUAUAUAGAUUUCAAAAUCAAAUUGUACGUGCAGGGUAAUCAGAAUCUGUUGAUUAAUGAUAGCGCAAUAUCGAACAGAAGAUGAACAGUUAGGAAGGCAACGCUUGUCACUGUUUUACGAUUGUAUUGUAUUGGAUCAAGAAUGAAUAUGUUUAUAAUUAAUUUUAAUAACUAGAUAACAAUGUUUUAUAUUCUGAAAUUUAUUAUGUCUAUUAUUAAUGAAAUAGUAACGUCUAUACGCGGGAACAACUAAUAGUUGAGGCUAUAUUUCCCUGCAGUCGAUGUUGGAAAUGCUAGAUCACCUAGUUCUAUUAUGUUUCAAUAAAAUUUGCAUAUGUUUUCUGUACUAGUCCUAACUUGCUAUUUUUUCAAUGACAUUGUAUCGAUUUAGUGUAAUUAAUAUUAUAGAACAAAGCAAGCCAAGUCUCGGUGUAUGUUUUCGACCCCCUGGAAUAAUCUCAAGAAUGGCUGUACGUACACUGUUCUCUGGGGACGGGGAUGGGGACGAUCGAAGUAUUUUCGAAAAGUGGCUAAUUAUAAACAGCCCCUUGAGAAAAGGAGUCUUAAAAUAUUAUGUUCUCAAUUUCGCAGUUUAUCGGGAACAGUAUGUAGCAGUUAAUAUAGUGUGUAAAUGAAUUUUGUCUAUAGAUAGUCCAAUGAGUUUUUUGAGCAUAUGUCUAGUGUAGACGAAGACAUGCCGAGACUUUCGAUAUCAUGAUAACCCAGGCCUGGGCGACCCAGGCCGUUGUACGCCGCCUUUAUAUCCCAAAAUAUACCUAUUUCAAUCAUUGUAUGUAACACAUAUUGAAUACAGAGUAAUCGUAGAUCGUACGUUAUAUUUUGUGCACUACAUUUAAAGUUAUUAAAUGUUUCUUUCUAUUA